AUGGCAGCAACACCACGAAGCCUCUCUCGGAGCCUGCAGAAGCUCGCUUCGACGCCGCGUUCAUCCCUUUUGACCCAAUUCAGCAAUGCAUAUCGAACAAUAUCAACACAGUCCCAGGCAGUCCGAUCAAUACCGUUGGGUCCUCGGAUAUUUGCGUCCCCAAGGCGCACCUUCACAUCGACACCCACCCGAUCCCAUGGCCACAUAACACCGCCGAAGCCAGGCGAGGAGCUAUGGGUAACGUUUAUCGACAAGGAGAACCGCGAACAUAAAAUCGCCGUGGCGAAAGGUGACAACCUCCUCGACGUAGCGCAAGCACACGACCUCGAGAUGGAAGGAGCCUGCGGCGGCUCCUGCGCAUGCAGUACUUGCCAUAUCGUUGUAUUGGAGGAGGAUAUGUACGAGAAGAUGUCCGAGCCGGAGGACGAUGAGAACGAUAUGCUGGACCUUGCGUUUGGUCUGACCGAGACGAGUAGGCUGGGGUGCCAGGUACACAUGACGAAGGAACUAGAUGGACUGCGGGUGAAGCUGCCCAGCAUGACGAGGAAUUUGCAGGCGAGCGAUUUCGGCUCCAAGUGA